AUGGAAAGACCAUUGUGGGUACGUUGGUUGAAAGUGUAUGCAAUCGGUGGGGCCAUCAUCGGAAGUGGUUUUUUGCUUUUCAAGUAUACAACGCCAACUGAUGAACAAUUAAUUAGCCAGCUUUCCCCUGAAUUACGUCUACAAUAUGAGAGGGAGAAAAAGCUACGUCAAUCAGAACAGCAGGCACUAAUGAAAAUUGUUAAAGAGACCUCUCAAAGUAACGAUCCUAUCUGGAAAACGGGGCCCAUUCAAUCACCGUGGGAAAGAAGUGGUGAUAACGUUCAAAGCAGAGACCACUUUGCUAAAAUAAGGGCAGAGGAGGUACAAAAGGAAGAGUUAGCCAGAAUUAGAGAUGAACUGUCCCAGUUAAGGUCCGACACUGAGAAGAAAACAAAAGAAAUAGUACAGGAUAAACAAGGAAAAAGCUGGUGGCGAUUCUGGUAA